CGCGCGCAGAGAGUCAUCAUGGCUUCUCUGUCAGAAGACCAACCCAAGAAAGAACGAGAUCAGUCUUCGGACACGAGCCAGAAUCACCCACCGGAAAUUCCCACAUGUCAUCCCCCGCUACCGACGAAUCACACGACGGAGACGGGUUGCGCGACCGUUAUGGGGUACCCGCACCCGAACCCGAACCCACAGUGGCAACCGACCGACCCUCAACCCUAUCAUGGUUACCCCUACGUUUAUGCUCAGCCACCGCCGGCAGCCUAUUACCCAUCCGAGUCCUGUCACUCGCCCAUGUCAGGCUUCCUUCGCGGCUGUCUCAUGGUGAUGAUUGCGUUUGUCUUUCUUUCAUUCGUGACCACCGUCAUGGUGUGGCUCAUUCAACGUCCGGCGCUCCCAGUUUUCAGAGUGGACACGUUCUCCGUUUCCAAUUUCAACGCCUCCUCCAAUACGGAUUUCACGGCCAGUUGGGACGCCAAGUUUACGGUUGAGAACCCUAACCACAAAGUGAAAGUUUACAUUAACCGGAUUGAUAGUUUCAUGUUUUACAGAGAGAAUAUGGUGUCCUCCUCUUUGAAAGCCGAGCCUCUGCUCCUGUAUUCGAGCGGACAUAUCGUAUUGCAUGUGAAGCUAUCCACGAAAAACUCGGAUGAUCAACCCGUGGUGCCGGUGGUGGAUAAGUGGGUGGUGGAGGACAUGGGCCGGGACCGAAACGGUGGGACGGUGAGCUUUAAUUUCAGGAUGCUGGUAUCGUCGACCUUCAAAUCUGAUGGGUGGUGGACGAGGGGCGCCAAACUGAAAGUUUUCUGCGAUAGUUUGAAGGUUGGGUUUGUCGGUGCCACAGGUAACGGACUGUUACCUCCUGAGACGCCUAGGGUACUGUGUUCAGUUUCUGUGUGAUUUCUCAUCGGAAGGUUUUUCUUUAUUUCUUAA